CUCUCGCUAAGCCAACUGGCAAAUUUGAUUGAUUUACAUAAGAAAAAAACAAGAGGGAGAGAGGGUCGAAGAAAGGACAAAAAGGAGUCUAGGAUUUGAGUGCGAUUCGUUUGGUUUUAUCCCGCUGUACCCUCUUUUUCCAUUCUGUUUAUAAACACAACAGCUUCAAGAGUUUGCAUGAAUGUGGAAAUCCAAGAGAGAAAAAAAGAGAGAGGGUUUUCUUUUUCUUUUUUUUUUCAUUGUUCCUAUAACGAAUUCAUUUCCUUUAUUCAUCUUUUUUCUCAAACACGAGGGGUUGCAGUUUCAUUUGAGAAACGAGCGUGGGUAAAAAAUGAAUAUGUCAGCUUCACAAUGUGGUAGUGGUUGUGAAUCUGGUUGGACUUUAUACUUAGAUCAAUCCUCAUAUUCUCAAAAAAGGUGUCAAAAGUUUAGUAGGAGCUUCCGGGUUGAAGAUGAGGAGCAGGACUUAUCCAUGGUGUCGGAUGCAUCUUCUGGCCCAAGACAUUAUUGCCAAGAUUACGAGGAAUGCCUUGAUGAAAAUGGGUGCUUCUGUUCUACUCCCGCACCCCCUGAACCAGCUAAGAAAAGCAGCAAAAAUAAAAAGAAAAUCAAAGAACAUGGUAGCAAUCAACAGCAUUCUUAUCUUGAUGACACUGCCAGUUCCCCUGUAAUAAGCUUUUCCAAGGAAAGAAGCUUCAAUAGAUUUGUUGGACUUUUCACAAGGCUUCUCGGGUACACAUAUAAAGGGGAAAUCAGCAUUCCACAAAAAAAUUGGUUUCUUGAAAUCUGGGAAAACAAGUUCAAAAGAUUCAGGUGGUUUCCAGGAAGGAAACUGGGAAUGACAAAAAGGGUAAACUGUAACAGCUUUUGUCUCUACUACUGCAUGCAGCUGCUCUGGAGAGAAAAGACUGGGAGGAAUUUGUUAAAAAAAAAAGAAAAAGAAAAAAAGCAUUAGAUCUCAAAGGGAUCUUGUACCUUCCUUUUAUUCUUGUUUUUCUUUUCAUCUUUAAUUCUACUCUCUCUUUUUUUUUAUUUGUUCCUGUCAAUGCAGUGGGAAACAUUCUGAAAAACAUUAAAAUAAAUUAAAAUUCCUCAGUCAUUGGUGUA